UCCCCGGUGACGUCAUACGGUUGGGUACAUUGUCUCCGCACAGAGGGAGAUCAGAGAGUCGGAGGUUGUCACUCGGUGCUGGUCGGGGGAAUCGGGACGAGGAGAUCGGAAGGGGUACAGAAGAAGAAAGUGUUGAGCCCGAUCUGAGGAAUCGGCCGGUGUGUGAGCGGAGUCGGGGCUGCCUUCUCAGGAUGCCGUCAGAGCGGCCUUUUAAACACCGGAGGAGCUUCGCUGAAAGAUGCGCAGAAGUUCUCCAGAUCCGCGAGCAACAUCCCAAUAAAAUCCCUGUCAUCAUCGAGCGAUAUAAAGGGGAAAAACAGCUUCCUGUUUUGGACAAAACCAAAUUCUUGGUCCCGGAUCAUGUAAAUAUGAGCGAGCUGGUGAAAAUUAUCAGACGUCGACUGCAGCUGAACCCAACUCAAGCUUUCUUCCUGUUGGUGAACCAAAGGAGCAUGGUCAGCGUCUCCGCCGCCAUCUUGGACAUCUAUGAGCAGGAGAAGGACGAGGACGGCUUCCUCUACAUGGUGUACGCAUCCCAGGAAACCUUCGGCUAGUUUCACUCGUCUGAUUUUCCCCAGUGUGUGCAUUUCCACGCGUGUGCUGAUAGGAGCAUGUAUGUGAAUCUGUGCGCACUGCCAUCAAUGUUUGCACACGUUUUUUCUUCUGUAGUCCAACCAACACUCGUGUUUUUAUUUUUCCUUCAGUACUGUGCAUAGACAUUCCACAUGCCUUGGCACGCCUGCGUGUCUGAAUCAUUAUUCACCCGCAAACACUCAUUCCUACAUACACCUCCGAUGACAUAUCACACGUAUCUCCUACACUACUCACUGUACACAAUCAUUGUAAUGCUGUCACGUUAUAAUUAUAUGUAUUGCCUUCCACUGUAGGCCGCAGGAACAAUAAGUUAGGUCUCAUCUGAAACCAGGACUAUCUGUGUUGGGUAGGACAGCCAAUCGGCUGUGUUUUUUGCUUUUUUAUUUUGUGUUAUUGUUUUCAUUGUCUAACCUGUUUAAGCAUCCUAAAUGAAGGAAUACUGUUGCUAUGGGCAACACAGAUGAUUCACCUUUCAUCCAUUUUCAGAAUAAGGCCUGCAGCCAUAUUAAAGUGUAUCUCCAGCCUUAA